UCCCACCUCCCUCCAAACGCAACCGCCGCUUCGGAUUCGCCGGCCACCGCCAUUCACGGCAACCAUCGGCGGACAGAGGUCGGCGUCGAUGCUUCUGGCCGCCGGGUAGCGCGUUUCGAAUGGUGGAGCCCUGUGUGUUUCGCUGCUGCUGCUGCUUGGGGAUCUGAGCUGCUGCUGGGGCGGUGGUGACCGGUGGCGUCGGGGCGCCGGCGAUGUCGGCGAAGGAGAGGAGGCUGAGCAGGCUCGGGAGUUGCAAGAAUGCGGCGGCAGGAGGUGGCGGUGGGGGUUCCCCCGCCGCGAGGGGUCACCGGGCAGCGGCGACGGCUCCUCAGCGGAGUCUGUUCGCAGCGCUCUUCGCGUUCCUGUGCGCCGGCGUGGUCGUACUCGGAGGCGUGCACGUCAUUGGAGCAUCGUUCCGGCCGGUGCUCAGGACGGCGUGGCCGUCGGCAACCCUGAACGCCAUCUCGUCUGAUGCCGGAGCGCAGCAAGCUGGCGGUGGAGCCGACACUGUGUUGCCGUCAGUCCAAAUCCGGCACGCUGUUGCCUUGCCGGACCGUGUUCUCCUAAUCCUCAGGGACAGAUCGGUGCUGCCAGCUCCUGAGCAGUUCGAGUGCCUGUACUCCCCUGCUAACUCCUCGGAGCUGCGCCGCCCACCCUUCUUGGCCGCCUCCUUGCCUGAUGGACUCAGCCUCGUCCAUUGCCCUGCCGAGCCAUCUGGUGUGGCUGUGUCUCUGACACUGUCCCUGUCACCUCCGGUGGUGCCGCUCCAAUGGGAUCGGCUUGUGUACACCGCACUUGUUGACAGCCGGGACAACUCCACCGUUGUGUUAGCCAAGGGGAUGAACCUCCGCCCAGGCCGUUUGGGUGUGGCGUCGCGGUAUGAGUGCGUCUUUGGCCGGGAGCUGUCGAAGCCAAAGCAUGUGCUCACAUCCCCUGUGAUUUCUGCUGCACAGGAGAUAUUCCGGUGUGUGACACCAGUUCGUAUUCGCCGAUACCUCAGGAUGACAACUGAUGUCAACGGCAAUGGAGACAGUGAUGACAAGCCUAUAUUGGUCUCUAUCAGGACCAAGGGCCGGGGGAGCUCUACGCUUCCCUCAAUCGCUCAACCUGAGCCACUUCCUCGGUAUAACAGGCAUCGACGGCAAAAGGCACAUUCAAUGUGUGUAUGCACCAUGCUGCGUAACCAAGCACGGUUCCUCCGAGAAUGGAUCAUCUACCACUCUCAUAUCGGCGUGCAGCGGUGGUUCAUCUAUGACAACAACAGUGACGAUGGCAUUGAGCAGGUCCUCAAUACCAUGGAUCCAGCAAGGUACAAUGUGACACACUAUCUGUGGCCAUGGAUGAAGUCUCAGGAAGCUGGAUUUGCACAUUGUGCUCUCAGGGCCCGGGAAAGCUGUGAGUGGGUGGGGUUCAUUGACAUCGAUGAGUUCUUGCACUUCCCUGGCAACCAGACUCUACAAGAUGUGCUCCGAAACUACUCAAAUAGGCCACGGAUUGGUGAGCUCAGGACUGCGUGCCACAGCUUUGGUCCAUCAGGUCGGACUAAAAUUCCCAAGAAAGGUGUUACAACAGGCUAUACCUGCAGGUUGGCUGCGCCGGAGCGUCACAAGUCAAUUGUCAGGCCGGAUGCUCUAAACCCAUCACUCAUCAAUGUGGUGCAUCACUUCCAUCUGAAAGAAGGGGUGAGGUAUGUGGACAUUGGUCAGGGAGUGAUGCUGAUCAAUCACUACAAGUACCAAGUUUGGGAGGUGUUCAAGGAUAAGUUUUCCGGGCGUGUUGCGACCUAUGUCGCCGAUUGGCAGGACGAGGAGAAUGUCGGAUCCAGGGACAGGGCACCUGGUUUAGGGACCAAACCGGUGGAACCGGAGGAUUGGCCAACUCGGUUCUGCGAAGUAUACGAUACUGGUCUUAAAGAUUUUGUGCACAAAGUGUUCACAGAUCCGGACACUGGAAAUCUUCCAUGGUAGAUGGUAAACACUGUAUUUGAUCUGGCACGACACACAAUAGACGGCAUAGAGACACACAGACAGGGAAAGACGAUACACAAAAGGAGUAGUUAGCUGAUUGAUUUUCUCUUUGGUACAUUUUAAUCUUAAGAUUUUUUCUGCUCUUAUUUCUUUUAGAAUCAUCCGUUUUUCUACAUAUCUAAGAGGUAAAUGAUUCUUUCGUAGAUACAGAUAGGUAGCAGGUUCACUGUAAGUUUCGUUGGUGAAAGAGGGAAUGCAUAGGAAUAUAGGAUGACUACUUGACUUUCUUUCUUCUUCA